AUGGCCAUCUCCACGCUUGCGCUCAGUGUUAUAGGCGCUUUUCUCGCAUACCUCUUCAUACGCCCUCGCCUCCAGAGCUCCAAGUCCAACAUCAACUUUCCCCCAGGGCCUCCAACUAUUCCGUUCCUCGGAAACCUUCACCAAAUCCCUUUAACAAAACCCUUCCUCCAGUUCGCGGAAUGGAACCGCACCUACGGAUCGCACGGCCUCGUGGGUUUGUCUCUCGGACCCGGCAGCAAGGCCGUCGUGCUCAACACCUGGCAAUCUGUGCGCGAUCUCCUCGACCAGCGCGGGGCCCUCUACUCGUCCCGGCCGUACGUGCCCAUCGUGGAGUACGUGGUACCCCCACCCGGCGACAUCCAUCUCGUCUUCAUGCCGUAUGGGCCCAAGUGGAGGAAAGCAAGGAAGACGAUCACAGACUUUUUGAGGGACGAAGAGGUUGACAAGCUGGUGGUGCUGCAAGAUGCCGAGUCUUCGCAAAUGAUGCACGAGUUGCUUUGCGAGCCGGCGGAGUACCACGAGCAUAUUCUGAGAUACUUUGGUGCCAUCAUCAUGUCUAGUGUCUUUGGUACCCGCGGAAGGGACUUCAACGAUGAGGGAAAGAUCAAACAGUUUUUUGAGUGCCAAGCGGAGUGGGCGGGCAUGCUCGAUCAGGGCGCCGUUCCUCCGUUCGAUGUUUUGCCAUUUUUGCGAUAUGUGCCGGAUUCCAUGACGCCUUGGCGAGGUUGGAAGCAAAGAGCCGCCGACCUCAAGUUCAAACAAAAUGGGCUGUAUCACGACUUGUUCGAGGAUGCAAAAGCGCGAAUUGGUCAGGGGAAGGGCGAAGAUAGCUUUGUGGCAGGGCUUUUGCGCGAUAACGAAAAAGAGGGGUACAGCGAUAUCGAGUUGGAGUACAUUGCCGGUUUCCUAAUGGAAGGAGGCUCAGACACCACAGCCGGUGCUUUUGAGACUUUUGUGCUGGCAAUGGCUGCGUAUCCGGAUAUCCAGAAGAGAGCCCAAGCGGAGGUCGACGCAGUCUUUGGUGAGAACGGUGUAUGUGUUGAACAUCUCAAGGCAGAAGUUUUGCCUUACGUCAAGGCUUGUUUCCUCGAGACUCUCAGAUGGCGACCAGGAUUUCCCCUAGCUAUUCCUCACGCCACAACUCGUGACGACGCUUACAGAGGUUAUAAUAUCCCCGCCAACACCACAAUCCUCAUGAAUAUCUGGGCCAUCAGUCAUGAUCCAGAUGAGUACGAAGAUCCUGACUGUUUCAAACCGGAGCGAUUCUUGCAUAAUGCACUGGGAAUCAAGGGCGGUGAACGAACCUCUGAAGAAGCAACUAUAGAUCAAUCACGAAGGCCUACCUACAGCUUUGGAGCUGGACGAAGAGUCUGUGCCGGCCAGCGAAUGGCCGAGAACAGCAUGUUGAUGACAAUUUCAAAGCUCCUAUGGUGUUUUGAUGUCGUGCCGGGGGAUGCAAUGCCAGAUACUUCGAUGCAGACCGCGUUCAAGGAUGCGAUUCUGACUGGACCGAAGGCUUUUGAUGUCAGCUUCAAAGUUCGUGGUGAGGGACGACAGAAGAUUCUUGUUGAGGAAUGGAACAAGGCGGACGCAUGGCUCAAGAGAUUCGAGUAA